UCCGCACACGUUUCAAUGGCAAAGUGCGGAAUUGAAUUAUGCAACUCCCACCAAAUGUGGCUGAGUAUAAAAGCGCCCGAGUCAACGUGGGAAAACACAAUCGCAAUUUGCAGUAUUCUUAAAACGUUCAAAAUGGUCAAAUUCAUCAUUGUUCUGUGCGCCUUCAUUGCCUGCGCCGCCGCCAAGCCACAAUGGAUCGCUCCAGUCGCCGCGCCAUGGGCCGCUGCACCCGUCGUUGCUUCAGUGCCAGCCGCUUAUGCCGCAGCUCCCAUCGCCUAUGCCAACGCCCAUUUGGAUGCGGCUUCCGCCAGCAGCUCGAUUGAUGUGAGACAUAACUACGGCGCCGCUGUAGUGCCAGCCGUAUACUCUGCCGCCGUUGCACCAGUUGCUUCAGUAGCUCCUGUAGCGCCACUGAAAUACACCGCCGCCGCUCCAGUCCUGUUAUAAGUUGAUAAAUACCUAUAAAGUAUGUUUUGAGUUGUCGAGAUUUCCCCUGUCAUGACCUUGAUUCAUAAUAAAUGCCUUUGAUUUGAAACUGUA